AUGGAUGACAGCAAAUCAAUCAAGAGCGCAGCCAGCAAGGCAGCAAAGGGCCUGACAGGUUGGUACACAGGAAUGAAUCCAGGCGACACACCAGGAAACUUGCCAGAUCCUUACUACUGGUGGGAGGCCGGAGCCAUGUUCGGUACUCUAGUUGACUACUGGUGGUUGACAGGAGACGACACAUACAACAAGAUCACAAAACAAGCCCUGAUUCAUCAAGCAGGCCCAGAUGGCGAUUACAUGCCCGACAACCAAACCAUGACCGAAGGAAACGACGACCAGGGCUUCUGGGCCAUGGCCGCCAUGUCAGCAGCUGAGCAUGCAUUCCCGGAUCCCCCCGAAGACACCCCCGGAUGGCUUGCUCAGGUCCAGGGUGUAUUCAACGAGUAUGUCAGUCGCUGGGACGAUGAGUGGUGUGGUGGUGGAAUGCGCUGGCAGAUCUUCAAGUGGAACACCGGUUACGAUUACAAGAACGCCAUCUCUAACGGUUGCUUUUUCAACGUCGCCUCUCGUCUGGCGCUGUACACUGGUAAUCAGACUUACGCCGAUUGGGCUGAGAAGGUUUGGGACUGGCACACCAAGGCCGGAGUUGUCACCGACAAGUUUGAGGUCCUCGACGGUGUCCAUAUCGGCAAGCACAAGGACGCGGUUUGUGACGAUAUCGACAAAACACAAUGGUCUUACAACACUGGUAUCUUCCUCCACGGCGCUGCCACCCUUUACAACCUCACAUCCGACGACAAGUGGAAGAAGCGCACCGACGGUCUCCUUCAGGAUGUUUUCAACAAGUUUGUCAAGGACGAGAUCCUUUACGAGCAGUUUUGCGAGCCCCAUAAGCAGUGCAGUCAGGAUCAGGAGAGUUUCAAGGGUUACCUCGCCCGAUGGUUGGCUGCCACCACGCAACUGUACCCGGGCACCAAGGAAAAGAUCAUGAAGCUCCUCAAGACAAGUGCCCAGGCCGCUGCCAAGGUCUGCACCGGUUCUGGACAAAACUACAAGGGUCCCUCUGGUACAGCGUGCGGCUUCUCCUGGACAACGGGCACCUUCGACGGCUCCGUCGGCGUGGGACCCCAGAUGAACGCGCUCUCGAUCUUCAUGUACAAUCUUGUCGGGGAUGCAAAGGGACCUGUUACGGCCAAGACCGGAGGUACAUCCAAGGGUAACCCCGGUGGCGGUAACGCUGAUUCUAAUAACGAGGACGGAAAGCCCAAGCUGAAGGAUAUCACCGGGGCUGACAAGGCUGGUGCUGGUAUCUUGACUUUUCUCUUCGUGGCUGGUGUAAUUGGAGGCGUUUCUUUCCUCGUUCUCGACUUUUAG